AUGGCCGCCGUCAAAGCCCUGAACCCGAAAGCGGAGGUGGCCCGAGCACAGGCGGCUCUCGCUGUGAACAUCAGUGCGGCCCGCGGUCUCCAGGACGUGUUGAGGACCAACCUCGGGCCUAAGGGGACCAUGAAGAUGUUAGUCUCUGGUGCUGGUGAUAUCAAGCUUACCAAAGAUGGAAAUGUCUUACUUCAUGAAAUGCAAAUUCAGCAUCCGACAGCCUCUCUGAUAGCUAAAGUAGCCACAGCACAAGAUGACAUCACUGGAGAUGGAACCACCUCCAAUGUUCUGAUUAUAGGCGAACUUCUAAAGCAAGCAGACCUUUACAUAUCUGAGGGUCUUCACCCAAGAAUUGUCACAGAAGGUUUUGAAGCUGCAAAAGUUAAAGCACUUAAAGUUUUGGAUGAGGUCAAGGUUUCCAAAGAAAUGGAUAGAGAGACACUUAUCAAUGUGGCCCGGACAUCACUUCGGACCAAAGUCCAUGCUGAGUUGGCUGAUAUUUUAACAGAGGUAAAUGUCGGUUGGUAUAAAAAUCUGUUCUGUAAUCCCCUAUGA